ACGCACUCGCAAAACUGCGCCUCUCACUUUGAUUUGCACCCGAGAAGCACCCUAGAGACAAUGUUGCAGAGAGGGCUCUGGAUCGCUUUUUUCUUCCUCAUGGUUACAUGGGAAAUUUCUGCCGUAACGCAGGAAUUAUCAAAGUGCAAGAGGGAGAAAUCAGAGUUGCAAGAAAAACUAGACACUUUGAAGCAAGAAAGUGAACAUGAGCGGAACUCCAUCAUCAAUCUAACUGCAAAGUACUGCGCGUGUACAAAGAAAAAUCUUCAUUGUAUCUACGCAGGCAGAAAUUUGAACAUGACGCGUUUGAGUACCGGAACCUACUAUGCAAACCACAGCAAAGUUUCAUGGAAGGUUGCGCAUGAUUUCUGUGCUUUGCAUGGACUACAUUUAGUUGAAAUUGAAUCCCGGACAGAGAUGGCCGAGGUCGAAAAAGUUCAAACUGAAUCCAGCUAUUGGACAGCAGGGACAGACAGAGGUGACCCUGGGCAAUUUCGCUGGAAGGUGAACGGACAAGAAGUGAAUCCGACUCUCUGGUAUUUGAGUCAGCCGGACAGUUUUGGCCCUGGCAGAGUCAGCUGCGUUAAUUUGCUGCACGAACGGCUUUUUGACGACCCAUGCGACCAUGAAUAUGGAUUUAUUUGCGAGUUACCUCGAGAAUGCAAGUAAAAAAAAUGGGAAGGCUGAGAAAAUACAGAUAAUGUAAUAAUAGAUUUGUGACAAGUCCAAGUGCAAGAUAUUAUAUUUAAUGGAAUUUUUAAA